GUCAAUCAACAAAUAUUUCUAAUACCCACGCGGAUGUGAAAUUUCCGAGAGAUUUUUUUAAAAAAGUAAUGGAGGAGCGUACCAUGAUUUGUCGUUGGCAAUUAUUUUGCUGAUGGUAGCAUUAUAAUAUUCUAUCUCUGCUCAAUGUUCUAAACAUCCUCUCAGAAGCACACAAAUCUCUGAGAUAUUGAUCCUCCUCCCUAAUCGUAAUGGAUUCUUCUUUCUCCCUACUUGUAAUCUGUACUGCUGCAAUUGGAUUCCUCUCGAUUUUGGGUACGCUGCUUGUGGUUUAUAGAAAAUUCAGAUCCAACACACAAAAUAAAACAAUGGCUUCUUCUUCUUCUUCUUCUUCUUCUCCUUCACCAUCUUUGCCUCACAAUUGGAAACACCAUGUCUUCCCAAGCUUCCACGGGGCUGAUGUCCGCACAAACUUUCUCAGCCACUUUGUCAAGGAGCUCAGGAGCAAAGGAAUCGACCUAUUCACUGACAAUAAUAUAGAGAGAAGUGAGUCGAUUGGUCCUGAGCUCACAGAAGCUAUUAAAGGAUCUAGGAUUGCUAUUGUCGUGCUCUCCAAGAACUACGCCUCUUGGACAUGGUGCUUGAACGAGUUGGUUGAGAUCAUGAAGUGCAGAGAAGAGUUUGGUCAAACAGUGAUGUCCAUUUUCUAUCAGGUGGAGCCAACUCAUGUAAAGAAGCAGACUGGUGAUUUUGGGAAGGUCUUCCGAAAAACUUGUAAAGGGAAAACAAAGGAUGAGAUCCAAAGAUGGAAACAUGCUUUGACGGAAGUGGCCCUAAUCGCAGGUUACCAUUCAACAAACUGGGAGAAUGAAGCAGAGAUGAUUGAAGUUAUUGCCACUGAUGUUUUCAACAAGUUGAACCUUUCCGCACCAUGCAGUGAUUUCGACGGCUUAGUUGGGAUGGAAUCCCAUAUGGUAAAUAUGGGACCAUUGUUAAGGCUAGAUUCCGACGAGGUGAGAAAAAUAGGGAUUUGGGGUCCGCCUGGAAUAGGUAAGACAACCCUUGCUAGACUUCUGUUCAACCAAUGCUCCCAAGUUUUCCAGCUGAGUGUCUUUAUGGAUAAUAUCAGAACAAACUACCCGGCACCAGCUUGUUCCGAUGACUAUAGUGUGAAAUUGGAUUUACAGAAGCAGUUUAUGUCUCAACUAACCAAUGAUAAAGGUAUCAUGAUUCCACAUUUGGGAGUUGUCAAAGACAGGUUGAAAGACAAGAGAGUUCUUGUCGUCCUUGAUGAUGUAGAUCGGUCAGUACAACUAGAAGCCAUUGCGAAAGAAACUUGUUGGUUUGGUCCUGGGAGUCGGAUUAUCAUCACCACACAAGAUCAAACGGUUCUAAAAGCAAGUCGGAUCAACCAUUUAUACAGGGUGCCUUCACCAUCAUAUAGUGAGGCUCUUGAAAUCUUCAGCAUGUAUGCUUUUGGUCAAAAGUCCCCAUAUGAUGGUUUUGAGAAGAUUGCUCGGGAAAUUGCAACACUUUCUGGUGAAUUGCCUACGGGGCUAAGGUUUAUGGGUUCCUACUUUCGGGGGAAGUCCAAGAAGAUGUGGGAAAAUGAACUACCAAGGUUAAGGACUAGCGUUGAUGGAGGAUUAGGGAGCAUUAUAAAGUUCACUUAUGAUGCCUUAUGUGUUGAAGAUAAAGAAAGAGCUCACCAUUAUGUAUCUUCUUUACCCGAUGUUGAAUUGACUGAGAGAAUGGAAACGGUUUUAGGAAAGGGUCUCUCGGAAGUGAGGCCAAAGCUUACCAUCACAAACCAAGAUGUGAAGGAAAAUGUUAAUACAAGUGAAAGAGCUUCCAGAGGAAUGUCUUCUAAUGGAUUAGUACACACCGUAUAUAUCUACUGCGCAGAUAAAUUACAGUACUCUUUUGCCAACCACCUCUCCUUGGAUUUCCACCGGAAAGGCAUUUAUGCAUCAGUAAAUUGCAAUGAGACUCUGGAUAAGAUAGAGGAAGCAAGCGGCUUUGUGGUGGUUUUAUCCAAGAAUUACCUGUCCUCCCCCUCGUGCCUGGACAAGCUCGUGAAGGUUCUUCAGUGCCGAAGGAAACACGUCCAGCUGGUGGUUCCAGUGUUCUAUGGUAUUAGUCCAUCAGAUGUGGCGGUGCAGGAGCAAGAGUCAGAUGAUCGGAUAAGAGAUUGGACUAGCGCGCUCCAAGAGUUGAGAGAAUUACCAGGCAUACACUCUAGGGAGACUGAAGGAAAGAUGAUUGAAGAUAUUGUCGCUCAUGUUUCAAACAAGUUGUACAACUCUGCUCCAUCCAGUGAUUUUGGGUGCCUAGUUGGGAUAGAAUCUCAUAUGACAGAUAUGGAAUCAUUGUUACAGCUAGAUUCUGAUGAUGUGAGAAGAGUAGGGAUUCUGGGUCCGCCUGGGAUUGGUAAGACCACCAUUGCUAGAUCUCUAUUCAACCGACACUCCCGAGAUUUCCAACUGAGUGUCUUUAUGGACAAUAUCAAACCGGAGUAUGCAAAACGGAGUGUGUUGGAUUUACAGAAGCAGUUUAUGUCUCAAAUAACCAGUGAGAUGGGUAUCAAGAUUCCACAUUUGGGAGUUGCCAAAAACAGGUUAAAUGACAAAAAAGUUCUUGUUGUCCUUGAUGAUGUGGAUCAGUCAGUACAACUGGAAGCUAUGGCGAACGAAACUUGGUUUAGUCCUGGGAGUCGGAUUGUUUUCACAACACGAAAUCAAGAGGUUUUAAAAGCAAGUGGGAUCAACCAUUUACACAGCGUGAAUUCACCAUCAUAUAAUGAGGCUCUUCAAAUCUUCUGCCUAUACGCUUUUGGUCAAACGUCCCCAUGUUACGGUUAUGAGAAGCUUGCACAAGAAAUUACAACAAUUUCUGGUGAAUUACCGGCAGGUAUAAGGUUUAUGGGCUCCUAUUUUCGGGGAAAGUCCCAGGAGGAGUGGGAAAAUGAACUACCAAGGUUAAGGACUAGAGUUGACGGAGGAUUGAGGAGUAUUAUGGAGUUCACUUACGAUGCCUUAUGUGCUGAAGAUAAAAAACUAGCUCACCAUCAUAUAUCCUCUUUAAGCGAUGGAUUGAGUGAGAGAAUAGAAACGUUUUCAGGAAAGGUUCUCUCGCAAGAGCUUACCAUCACAAAUCAAGAUGUGAAGGAAAAUGUUAAUACAAGUGAAAGAGCUUCCAGAGGAAUGUCUUCUAAUGGAUUACCACACACCGUGUACAUCUACUGCGCAGAUACAUUACAGUACUCUUUUGCCAGCCACCUCUCCUUGGCUUUCCACCGGAAAGGCAUUUAUGCAUCAGUAAAUUGCAAUGAGACUCUGGAUAAGAUAGAGGAAGCAAGCGGUUUUGUGGUGGUUUUAUCCAAGAAUUACCUGUCCUCCCCCUCGUGCCUGGACAAGCUCGUGAAGGCUCUUCAGUGCCGAAGGAAACACGUCCAGCUGGUGGUUCCAGUGUUCUAUGGUCUUAGUCCGUCGGAUGUGGCGGUGCAGGAGCAAGAGUCAGAUGAUCGGAUAAGAGAUUGGAUUAGCGCGCUCCAAGAGCUGAGAGACUUACCAGGCAUACUCUCUAGGGAGGAAUCUAGUGAUUGCGAACUUGUGAAAGAGAUUGUCAAAGACGUGUAUGAAAAACUCUUUCCCACGCAGCAAAUUGGAGUUAACUCGAGGCUGCUGGAGAUAAAACAGUUGCUUUGCAAGCAACCAUGGGGUAUCCGUCACAUAGGAAUUUGGGGUAUGCCUGGCAUUGGCAAGACGACUCUUGCUAAAGCCUUUUUUGACCAACUCUCUGGAAGAUAUGAAGCUUCUUGUUUCAUCACACACUUUGACAAAGCUUUCCAUGAGAAGGGACUGUACCGUCUGUGGGAUGAACAUUUUGGGAAAAUUCUGAAAGACAUUCCUGGUGUAUGCAGCAGCAUUACAAGACCAAGCCUCCCCGGGGAAAAAAUAAACAAGAAGAGAACUCUUAUUGUUCUUGAUGACGUGCAAAAUCCUUUAGUAGCCGAGUCUUUCCUUAGAGGGUUUCAUUGGUUUGGCCCAGGAAGCCUAAUCAUCGUAACUUCCAGAGAUAAAAGAGUUUUCCGCCUUUGUCAAAUUAGUCAGGUGUAUGAGGUUAAGAGAUUAAAUAAGAAUGAGGCUCUGCAGCUGUACUCUCAGUGUGCAUUUGGAAAAGAUAUAGAAGAACAAAAACUCAUGGAGCUACCAAUGGAAGUGAUUGACUAUGCUAAUGGAAAUCCAUUAGCCCUCAGUUUUUACGGCGAAGAGCUUAAGGGAAAGAAUCUGUUAGAACCAAAUAUGAUUCAUGAUUUACUCAAGAGCAGCUACGAAACACUUAGUGACGAUGAGAAGGACAUUUUUCUGGACAUUGCUUGUUUCUUCCAGGGAGAUGAAGUUGACUAUGUGAAGCAACUGCUUGAGGGAUGUGGUCUGUUUCCACAUGUUGGGAUUGAUGUUCUUGUGGAGAAGUGUCUGGUGACCAUUUCAGAAAACAGAGUUGAAAUGCAUGGAAUAAUCAAAGAUUAUGGCAGAGAAAUAAACAACAAAGAAACAACAUGGAUCAAGAGGGGUCGCAGGCUGUGGGGAGCUUCUACCAUCGAAUUUCUACUUCAAGAUGAAAAUCUUGAAGCAAAAGGACAUCCCGAAGCAACCUGUAAAGGGGCUCUGGUCACUGAAGACAUCAAAGCCAUAUCUCUGGAUACAACAAAUUUUCGCUUUGAUUUGAAUCCCACUGCUUUUGAAAAUAUGCUUAACCUUAGGUUCCUGAAGAUUUAUAGUUGCAAUGAUAAAAGCAUUUCCGGAGUCCACCUUCCAAAGGGACUCGAGUCUCUGCCUAACGAGCUAAGACUCCUCCACUGGGAGAACUAUCCUUUGCAAUCCUUGCCACAAGACUUUGACCCAGGCCACCUUGUUGAACUCAAUAUGCCUUACAGUCAGCUUCAGACACUUUGGAGAGGAACCAAGAAACUUGAUAUGCUGAAGAUCGCUAGGCUUUCUCAUUCCCAGCAGCUGACUGAAAUUGACGAUAUUUGUAAAGCUCAAAAUAUCGAGCUAAUAGAUCUCCAAGGCUGUGAAAAAUUGCAGAGUUUUCCAGCCACAGAUCAGUUACAACAUCUCCGAGUUGUAAACCUCUCAGGUUGCAGUGAGAUCAGAAGUUUCCCAGAAUUGUCGCCAAAUAUUGAGGACAUUAAUCUCCAGGGAACUGCCAUAAGAGAGUUACAAAUAUCCAUUGGAGAUGCCACCAAUCUCAAGAAAUUAUAUCUUAGUGGAUGUUCAAGUCUGGUGCAGCUCCCCUCCUCUAUUGGAAAUGCAUCUAAUCUCCAAAUAUUGGAUCUAAGUUUUUGUUCAAGUUUGGUGGAGCUCCCUUCUUCUAUAGGAAAUGCUACUAAUCUUGAGAAAGUGAAUCUUGAAUACUGCUCGAGUUUGGUGGAACUCCCUUCCUCCAUUGGCAAUGCUAUUAAUUUGCAAGAAUUAAAUCUCAGAUAUUGUUCAAGUUUGUUUGAGCUCCCCUCGUCACUUGGAAUUGCCGCUAAUCUAAAGAAAUUAUAUCUUAGUGGAUGUUCAAGUCUGAUGCAGCUCCCCUCCUCUAUUGGGAAUGCACCUAAUCUCCAAAUAUUGGAUCUCAGCAAUUGCUCAAGUCUGAUAGAGCUUCCUUCUUCUAUAGGAGAUGCCACUAAACUCAAGAAAUUGUGUCUUCGUGGAUCCUCGGGUCUUGUGCAGCUCCCGUCUUCCAUUGGGAAUGCCAUUAAUCUUCAAGAAUUAGAUCUUGAAUAUUGCUCAAGCUUGGUUGAGAUCCCCUCAUCAUUUGAAAAUGCCACUCAUCUCAAGAAGUUAUAUCUUACUGGAUGCUCAAGUUUGUCACCCGUGGAAGAGGAGAGUGUUUAUGGUGCGUCGGCUAGUCACUCGUGGACCUCAGAUUCCUCACGAUUAGGCGAGAAAGGUAAGCAAUGUUUCGAUGAGAUUGAAGAAGAAAACGAAGAGGAAGAGGGGAGCUCAAGUCAAGAAGCAAACGAACCAGUGAGCUUGGAGGAAGAAGAGAGAUUACGACAGGAAUUGGAGGAGAUAGAAGCUAAGUAUCGGGAAGAAAUGAAAGAGAUUGAGAGGAAAAGAGAAGAAGCCUUAAUGGAGACAAAGAAAAAGUUGUCUUUAGUAAAAAAGACAAAAAGCUGAGUAGGUACAAAGAACACUUUGAACGACAAGGAAUUCAUUGGUUUUUCUU